AUGCAGGUCAUGCAAGCAUGCCCGUGGGAAUUGCUCGAUGACUUUGCCUGCGACAGCUGCGUGGCUCCUCCACGCGGCUUCCGCCCAGCUGGGCUACUGGCAAAGGUCCGUGCAGCUCACGCAGCCUACGCUUCAGGACGAAAGCUCCUUCCACAACCAUUGUCCUGGACUGGCGGAGAGUUGACCUGCAAUCAAACCGCCACGGAUGCAAAGUAUGAGGCAGCCGCGCUGGCUGCCCCAGAUGGUGUUGCCCAACGCGUGGCAUGCUUGUAUCUUGCAGCGCUGCCGAAUGACUCGCCACCGAUCCGCAGGAUGGCACAGACCUUUGCUCGGCACUGUGAUUGGACAACAUUCUUUGCUUCACCGAGCCGAGAAGAGGAGACCCGCAGUUCCUGGCGCAUCAGCGUUGGUCGGCGCGAGUUUGAAAUCGUGACGACCUCUGUCCCCGUUAAGACGGCAUGCUUUAUGCGGAGCUGGAUGAAGAUGCAGUGGAGUGAUGCAGGCACACGAAGCCCAUCGAGGGUAUGGGUCAUAUAA